AUGGGCAUCAAGAACUGGCGUGAGCCAAGGAUGGAGGUCAUCUACCUGGGGAGGAACAGCAACAGCAACAGCAACAACAAGCCUAACCAUGGUCAACAUGAGAAAAUGCUUCAAGGGUGGCAACUAUUUUGGAGAAGAUUCAAGAGGGACAAGAGGGCCUCCAGUUCUCUUAACAAUAACAAAAUCAGAGGUUCUUAUGAUCCUGAUGAGUACUCUCAGAAUUUCGAUCAGGGAAUCGAUUGUACCGAGCCCGAAAAUCUCUCUCGGUCGUUCUCCGCUCGGUACGCUGAUCCGUGGUCAAGAAUCGAACCGAAGAAGAUAUUGUUGAUAGAUAUGGAUUGA